AUUGAAUUGCCGACGGUCGAUGGCAAGUUCGCACAAACGAAAUGUCCAACGAGACAAUUGAUUGCGAAUAAUCGAGCUACUCCUUUGCGAUUUGCACUGUGCAAUGCAAGCGGAUGUGAAACUGGAGUUACAGGGAUAUCAAUCCUGGCCUGGGAUCUAGUGCGCUUCGGCAAACUUUGCUUCCAGCUCGCUGGGUCCGAAAAUCCACCUCUUACCGGUUGGAGUCAACUUUUAUGCAAUGCAGAAUGCGUUAUUGGAGUGAAGCGUGCUCUUGCGGCCCUCCAGACCUUCGGAGAAUUUGGAUUCUUCUCCUUCUCAUCUCGUCUCGUGGCGACCCGAGAUGAAUCUAGCGGACGCACAGUCCUCCUUGGGCCCUGUCCCCUGGACACUAUUGUCACUAUUCACGCUGAUUCAGGCACCGUCAGCAGCGGCACAGCACAGCAGCGUGCUGAUCACUCGCUAAUGACUCGGUCGCCUGUAGGGUAUAUCACGGAAUCCUCCGGAGAAUCGUCUGGCCUGCAGUGCUGUGCAUGUUGCUCCUGCAGAUUUUCUCUUUUAGGAUACAGGCUCAGCGAUCCAUCUCUCUCUUGAGUCUGUGGUUGCAAUAUUGUAUCACUACUUGCUCGUGGCGUUCUCUCCGCACUCUCUUCCUGUACUAUUGACUGAGAGUGAGGAUUCUCUCUCCUGAGUUUGGCCUUUGGAGACUUCCUCUUUCCUUGGCAGUGGCACAUCCUGCCAUGAUCCAGAUCCAUCUCCAGGCUUUAUUUACGCGGGACCCUUCUCCGGAUCCGCCUGCCCUGCGCCUUUUUUUGGUUGACAGUCUGUGACAGUGACAGUGCCUGACAGCUCAGCGCCAUCUCACCUCUAGCAUCGAGUCAUUCACUGUCCGAAUUUACUCGCGACUCGCCUAUACCUUACUGACCGCUGGCACGCUCUGAGCCUGCACCAUGGCAGACACAGACUACCCGGGCGCAGUCCCUAUUCCAGAGGGCGAGGUGUACGAUCCGGAUUUCUCACAUCCAUAUCUAUAUAUCGAGAGUCGAGCGAUUGUGAUAGCCGGAUUGGUUUUCUGUACACUCUCGUUGAUGAUCCGGGUGUAUACAAAGGCUGUGCUGCUGCAUAAGUUUGGGUGGGAUGAUGUUUCAAUUAUCGGAGCGUGGGUAUUCGCCAUCGUUACGCAGGUGCUGUGUUUAUAUGGCUACGCCCACGGUGGCAUUGGCCUGCACAUGUGGAACAUCACACCGCAAAUGUUCCUCAACUUCCAAAAGGGCAUCUUCGCCGCCGGCGUCGUCUACGUCCCCGCCCUCGCCCUCGCAAAAGCCUCGCUGAUCAUCCUCUACUACCGCAUCGUCGGCCAACAACGCCUCUACCGAUUCGCGCUGUACGGCAUCGCCGCCAUCGUCGUCGGAUACUCAAUUGCAAUUACAUUCGCGCUGAUUUUCGCAUGCAGACCCAUUGCAAAGGCCUGGAACGGCGCGCUCGAGGGCACAUGCAUUGAUCAGAAUGGACUGUAUGCGGCGACCGCGGUCACGAAUACGGUUACGGACGUUGCUCUGAUUGUGGUGCCGAUUCCGGUCGUGGUCUCUCUGCAUAUGCCGCUUAUUCAGAAGAUCGGCUUGUUUUUUAUGUUUGUUAUUGGUUGCGCGACCGUUAUUACCAGCGUCAUCCGUCUCGUUACCCUCUUCCCUUUCCUCCAGGCCUAUGACAAGACCUACCAGAUCGCAUGGACGGAUCUGUGGAUCAACGUCGAAGCAAACUUCAUCAUAAUCUGCGCCUGCCUUCCCUUCCUCCGACACUUUCUCCGGCGGUACGCCCCGAAACUCAUCGGCGAAGGCUCCUCGGCGGGGGCGCGCUACUUCAAAAACUACCACGCCGCGGGCUCCACAACGAACGGAACGGGGACGGCAAACGGGACGCGAACGAACCGCUCCUGGCGCCGCAAACAACCCGGUCUGUCCGUCCUCGCGACGGACGAGGUCGAGCUCGCGGAGAACGGGGAGAGCAUGGCGACGUCGGGGCCCGGGUCUGGCGUGCGCAUUGUCAAGGAGGUGCAGUGGGAUGUGACGGAGGAGAGCGUGCGUACUGCAUCUUCGAGUGGAGUGGGUGGGAGGGAAAGGGAGGAUUUCGGCGAGGGGUUUCGGGGGGCUGUUGGUGAUGAGAGAAGAUCUUGAUGUCAUCCAUGAUUCCUUCCGGGUUCCCUGGCUAUGGGGGAAGAGGGAUUGUGGGAUGCGGAUACUAUCGUUUACAUUUCAUUCUUGGUCUUUGCCGAGCGGGGUUCUUUUUCUUUUGUACAAAAUUUCCACGAUAUAUAUCCACAACAACUAAUUCAAUCAUGUGCGAAAGCAUAAUAUGACCAGAAUUCGGUACAAGUGCUUUCAGCCCUGGCGUGCUUCGACUCAUCGAUCAACAAUGGGAAAUCCCACCUGGCGAGUAGUUUGAUGGUGCCAGUGGAUGCUGCUAGCUGGCUUCUCGGUUUUUCGCCCA